GGCAGGGUGCCAACCUGUCAGAGUUGCCUCCUGCUUCUGCUACCACCCAGUCUCCAUUCACGGUACCCUGCCCAGACGCAGGAGGGGAGGGAACAGUGCUAACCCCUCCCCCGGACAUUACACCUGGGACCCAAGAGCCAAUCACUCGCAGCCAACGGGACACGGGCACGUUUUACAGGGACCCGGAAAAGUCCGUCAACCCAUGCCAUCCCCACUGGUCCAAAAUGUCAUGGACGACUUCCACACUUAUACGAGUUCUCCAGGGACCAGUACAUCAUGGACUGUCCCUCUGAGAAACUUCGCAGGGAGCUGGAGGAAGAGCUCAAGAUGAACUGCGAGGAACCACAGAGCCACGCGUGGUACCACGGAGCUAUACCUAGACAGGUCGCAGAGAACUUGGUGCAGCGGGAUGGAGAUUUCCUGAUCCGUGAUUCGCUGUCCAGCCCAGGAAGUUACGUUCUGACCUGCCAGUGGCGUAAUGCCGCUCAGCACUUUAAAAUCAACAUGAAGGUAGUCACUCUGAACGAGGCCUACUCGAGGGCCGAGUAUCGGCUGGACAGGGAAGGCUUCGACAGCGUUCCCGCCCUCAUAAGAUACUACGUCGGCAACAGGAAACCUGUCUCUCAGGUGGUCGGAGCCAUUAUCUUCCAGCCAAUCAACAGGGGGUUGCCGCUGCGGUGCCUGGAGGAGAAGUACGGGUUGGCCAACAGCCACAAGGAGGCGGGACUAACACUGCCGGAGAGGCGGAGUCAGAAACGGCUCAGCCUGAACAUCACGAACGGACAUUCGCACGACAACGCGCACGCCGUGCACGACAACACACACACACAGGACAACGGCGCGGGCCGAGGGAACCAGCUCAGGUUGAAGGACAGGUGCGGCAGCCAACCAGCGAGCCUCAAUCAGGUUCAGGAGCGUCGACGCCCACUAAAGGCACACCAGUCGGAGAGUUUCCUCCCUCUCGGUUGCAGACCCCAGGCCCAGAACCCGGACCCUCUCCUCCCUAGCCCAAUUUCCAAGUCGCCAGUCUUUCGGACGGGUAGCGAGCCGGUCUUGAGCCCCUCCAUCCCGCGGAGAUCCAUGGACACCCUGGCAGGCCAAGCCAUCCGAGGCUCUGACAGCCAGCUCUGCCCCAAACCGCCUCCUAAACCCAGCAAGGUGCCCUCCCUCCGGAUGCCCUACUCCUCCUGCCUCCAGCCUGUGGCCCUCUCCUCCUCUUGCUCAACCUUCACCAGCCUCGCUUCACCUUCCUCGGACACCACGAACACAGAACCUCUUAGCUGUACGUGGAAAAAUGGAGCCUCCAUGACCCCACCUGUGCCCCCUGUCAAGCCCCUGAAGUUUCAGCAUCCGCUCCACAUCAGUGUGGACCCCCAGAGCGCCCCGGCUAGCAAUCUGGGCCAGUUACCCGAUGGCAUGGAACUACCGGGUCAAACGGCUUGCCAGCUCCUCUGCCCCGCAGAACUCCCCAGCUCCGGCCUCCCUCAGGAGUGGGAGGAUCUAAACUCCACCAGCCACACCCCUAUCAUAGACUAUCCCCCCGAGUUCCAUGUGCAGCCCUGCGGCUACGUGGAGCGACUACAGAGAGAGGGGGAAGGAGGGAGGAGGGAGGGGGACAUGGAGAGGGAGGAGCAAGAGGAAGAGGGCAGGGAGGCGGGGGGGCGGAGGGGGCUGGACCGGAGCUCCUACCAUCACGCCAUCGCGGCCUUGGAAAACACCAGCGAAGAAGAGGAGGAGGAAUGGGAGAGGGAAGGAGGGGAGGAAGAAGUGAUGAAGAAGAGGAGGGAGGUGGAGAAGAGUGUUUUCCGGUGCCCGGUGAUGGAGACGGUGUCGGCGUUCCAGCCAGCAGAGUUCAGCUCGCGCCUCUUGCCGUCGGAGAACAAGCCUCUGGAAAUGGCGGUUUUGAAAAGAGCCAAAGAGCUGGUGCUGAGCCAUGAUCACCACAGCAUAGCCAGACACUUACUCAUGGCAGACUGCCAGGUGGCUAGGAUACUCUGUGUGUCUGCAGAGAUUAAAGGUCAAAUGGGCGUGGCCUCAGGUCUGGAACUGGUGACCCUGCCACAUGGUCAACAGCUACGGCUGGACCUGAUGGAGAGGCACCACACCAUGGCCAUCAGCGUUGCCGUGGAUAUUCUGGGAUGUACCGGCAGCGUGGAGGAGCGGGCGGCCACGUUGAAUCGCAUCAUCCUGGUCGCGCUGGAACUGAAGGACGCCGUUGGCGACCUGUACGCCUUCACUGCCCUAAUGAAAGCUCUGGACAUGCCGCAGAUCAGUCGUCUGGAGGAGACAUGGACCGCCCUGAGGAGGAACUACACACAGACUGCUAUCAGCUAUGAGAAAACCCUCAAACCUUUCUGCAAGAACCUCUAUGAGGGCACUGCAUCCCUUCCCACCGUGAUCUGUCUGCCCCUCCUCCUGCCCCUCCUCACCCUCAUGGAACGGCCGUCAAACACGCCGGAGGGGGCGGAGCUCUGGGAGACCAGCGAUCAGGGCUGUGACAUCAUGCUGCGCCACCUCGAAGCUGCCCGCAGCGUUGCACAAAAUGCACACAGCUUCACGGCCAACGCCAAGAAGCUGCUGCAAGAGUUCCAGUGCGAUGAAGACCUAUUGGAAGUGUUAAGGACAGACUUUCAGCUGCGGUUGUUGUGGGGAAGUCGUGGCGCCGCCGUGAACCAGUCGGAUCGCUACAGCAAAUUCACCCUCAUCCUCACAGCUUUGUCCCGGAAACUGGAGCCCCCGCCCAAAACACACACCCAGAUCUGAGCAACACACACACACACACACUCACAUAUACACAUUAUUUAAUGCAACGAGGGUAUUUGUAAGUUGGCUGUGACCCUCUGUUUAAAAACAAAGAAAGAGCACUUCGCUUCUUAAAGAAAUAUGACAAUAAAUAUAUGUAUAUAUGUAUUUGACAAAGGGAAGGCAAAGAAUAAAUUACUAUUCGGUAGCAUUUUAGAAUCAAGACCCCUCUCACUAUCACACACUGAAGGGCGUAGUGUGGUGUAGCAGUUAGCUUGCUAGCAGGUAUGAACAGUGAGCAUGGUACUAUUUCACAGCCAUUGGCGACACGUAGGAGCUGCCCGGCACUGAACGCUGCACGAAGCCGAGCUAACAGAAACCCGUCGGGAGUCCUUGUGGAUUUAUGACCACCGGCUACGGAAAGAGAGCACAGCCUGGCUGCUCAGAGGGAUGCACGGACACGGGUUCAGACGUCAAGUUGUAUACAUGAACAGAAGCCAAAUCCUGUAUUCAUAAAGGGGUCUCAGCCAGGGAUCGGGCUGGGGUCUCAGCCAGGUCGAUAUGCAUGUAUACUGACACACACACACACACACAAACAAAUGAACACUAUCUAUAUGUGUGUCUAUAUAUAUAUAUGUACAGUGGAAUAAUGCUACAUUAUUCCGUCAGAGGGAUGGGCCUUGAACCAACCCUGUACAGCAGCGUUUUAAACAACAGAUGGGGACCCAAGGCAGGUCUUUCCGGCGGGCCCCUCGCGUGUUAAGAAGACCGAUAUGUCUUAAUUAGCCCGGAUCUUAAACCGAUAGCAUCAGAUUACGGUUCAGGAUUCCAGCUAAAAGAAGUGGAAGAAAUUUGGAUUGGGAAAAAGUGGAACCGCUCCUCAUCCAAACCGUCUGAUGUUCCAGUCUGUUUUGCUCGGUUCUCCUUCUCCCGGCCACAAGUGGUUUCAUUCGUUUCCUCGGCCGAGGCCAUCGC